UUGAAAAGGGGUAAAUGAGAUAUGCAGAUAUACUUGAUCACAUCCUCUCUUGAUUCAUAAGUUUUCUAGACCCCUCCAAAUUAUCAUUGUCACCAAAGAUAAGCUCAAUAUUGAUAUUAAGUCCGUGCUGACUAAGAGUAAACUCACCAAAUUUGAAGUUGCAGGCGCGUUUCACGAUCGCGUCCGCUCCAUCUCUCGGACUUUUUUUUAAUUUAUGCGACGGAUUUUAAGGUGAUAUGAAUGAUGCCUCCUCUAAAGUCAUGGAUUUUGUAAGUUUGCCCACACUCUUUCCGCUGGAAACUUGGUACUUGGUGCAUCUCACUCAUAUCUUGGGUCUAUGCACAAAGCAGGAUUUCUAGAAAGUAGCAUGUUUAACUGACAACUUCUUCCCAUAAUAGUGGCAACGUUUGAUAGCGGGCACCUCGCUAGCGCCGGCUAGCAGCAAAGUUACAUUAAACAAUCCAGAGAAACGUGUAGCCAGGUUUAAGAGGGAAUAUAAUCGUCUUUUGGUAAGUGUGCUCAUCUGCGGAUGGUUGGGGGAACGGUAGGUGGGAAUAGUGUGAUGGGAGAGCUAACCGGGGAUAUGAUAUAGCAAUUAUGGCGCGGUGCCACGAAUCUAGCUCGAGAUUAUGAAGCAGCAGAACAAAUACGAAUCUGUCUUUCUGAAAUCACUCGAGUGCUGAGCGAUGAGUCUCGUCGCCCUUUACCACAUCCAUGCAUAGGUUUCGCGGCGGAAAAACAAAUAUACAUCUCGAUUGGGAAGAUAGCUACAACGUCUUAUAAUGAGGGGGUCAUUAGGGAGGCGGUAUCUCUCUUUGCUGCAUUGCUUGAUAGUGAGGAGGAGAAUUUCGUCGAGAAUGAUGUGUUUGCCAAGAGUUUGAUGAACUUGCUGAUUAAAAUCACCGGAUCAAGUAAUAUCCAUCUGGGCUCGGAACUCGCCGUAGAGGUGGUGGAGUUGUCAUUUAAUAUCACAACGAAGAUUAGGCUUGAACCAGAUAUCUUGCCGGUUUGGUUUACGUCACAGCGAAGGGAUGAGGAUGCUGCAAAAGCGUAUACUGCGGAUCCGCAUGAGAAGUUUGCCGGGAAGACGCAUAAGGAGGAUUUUCAACUGUUUUAUCUGCUGAUCGAUUACAUACAUGAGGAAGGGAGGUGUGGGGAUUUCGCAAGGACGGGUCUUCUUUACAUUAUCGAAGCUGCUUCGAAUGAUGUGGCGUUGGAGCAAUGGAUAGUUGAGAGUGAUUUGGCUACUCUUAUGGCUACGGGUCUCGGUGCGCUUUACAGUCAGCUCAGUCGAAAACUUGUUAUCGAUCAUCCCCCGGAUGCAUUACCUCCUGUUCUAGCACUUUCGGAUUAUCGACAUCCUCUAACAACCCAUGAGAUUGUGAGCUCAGUCGAUGAGGAUUAUCAAUCGCAUAUGGAAACUUUUCUUUCACAUUUGGUCUUCUGGCAGGAUGUUCUGAAUCAUUGCAAAUCCAUGGAGGUUAAACAGACACUUCUGGAACACUUUCAAGUCAUAUUCCUACAGCAACUUCUGUAUGAGCUCCUAAUCAUUUUUCAACUACUAAGACUAAUGUUCAUAGUUAUCCAUCAUUACUCGAAUCUUCAGAUGUUGAUGGCGGUUCUUCGGUUGCAGUCUUGACAUAUUUAAGACGAAUUCUGGAAUCUUUGGAUCAUCCUGAUAUGAUUCAUCUUAUACUUCACUACCUACUUGCUUUACCUGAGACCACACCAGCCCCUUCAGGAUCGAAAGCAUCAGUGAGCGCAGCAAGGAAGCGAAAAUCUUUAGAUCUUGCAACAUUAGUGGCUUUACAGGUAGAAGGGGGCGCACCUGCAUUGUACAAUCUGGUGGAUCUUAUUUUAGGAAGUCUUCGAUCAGAAAGUUCACAGACUGUAACCGUUACUUUACAGCUUGUGUCUGUUAUUUUGAAACGACAUCAUCGAUAUGCUGUAACUACACUACUUCGAACCGGUCAGGUAUUAAGUGAUGGACCGCAACGUUCAAUCGCAGCUCAUGAAAGAGAAAUUGAGUGUUUACUCACAAUGGCUGAAGACCUUGGUGGCGAUGAUAGCUUUGAUGAAGUGUAUGAAAAUCAUAUCAAAGAUAGUAUGAACACUUUGGAGAGUCAUAAUUGUUCUAUAGCACUUGUUGCGCCUAAAUCAGCUGGUGGAACGACGAAAUUCCCAGGUUCGCAAGCAACAAUUCCUGGUGCUCCGAAAGAUAUUCGACCACAUACUUUGAGACCUGAAGAUCCUGUUCUUUUGAUUUUACUCGACAUUUUAUCGACAUUUUUCAUAAAUUCCGUCGAAACAAAUCUUUCAUUGACAGCUGCAAUUAUUGAUCUGGCAACAUGUGGUUUCAUGAGUGUGGAUGGAUGGCUCUUACCUGAUCCUUCAAAAUAUGUAUAUGAAGAAUCCGAAGAAGGAAGAACAGAUGAAAUAAUGGAUGAUCUUCUGCUUGCUAAUGUAGGAGAUCCGGACGAAAUUUUAGAAAAAGCACAGAUCCGUGCUCUCAAACUAACGCAACGUCGUCUCAAAUGGUCAGAAACUCCAAAACCAGAAUUACUCACCCGACUCGAUAUGCUCGUCGAUCAAGUUAACAGUUAUCGUAACGAAAUUCCUCGUUUCGAAGAUAUCCUCCAACAACGUCGAGAUGCUUUCCAACAAGCGGCAUCCAUGUCCACUCCAGUCCGUCAUCGGCCCAGAAGUCAACGCGAAUCAUCCACCCACCGAGGAUCACCUCCUCGUCAAUCCGCCCUCGAUAAAGUUGCCCAACGCAUCUUCUCUGGUGACUUCAAUACACCCUCUCGGUCGGACUCUCCACAGACUCGCGGCCGUCCUUCAAAUUCUGGUCGUGAACAAAGAAGCACGAGUGGUAGUCAUGGUUUAUCAACACCAAUUAAUCAUACUUUGAAUCCCCCGCCUCAAUUUCCUAUGGGUGUUGAAUCACCAAUUAGAGGUACCUCGCAAUCGAGAAGUCAUGAUGAGGAUAUGAAUAGACAGUCGAGAAUUCUUUUACCUAUUCAGACAGCGGCAUUUUCGGCUAUUGAUCAGGGGAUCUUGAACCGAAUGGUAGGAAUUCCAAAACCUUCGAAAAAAGACAUUGUGGUACCAAUACCAUUUCCGGAUCUUAAGAAUUUAAAAACUAGGGUAAGAGAUACGGGGGCAUCGGAAACGACGGAUGGAGCAGUGGAAAGUAAAACGCUAGUAGAGAACUUUGAGUUGGAUAGUAGUGGAACGGAGGGUAGCAAGGAUUCGAAGGGAAAGGUGUUGGAUGGAGAGGAAGUAGAGGAUAAGAAGGAGGAGGAUGUCGAUGGAGAGGUAAAGGAUCUUAGUGCAGAAGCAGAGGAUGUUGAUGCAGAAGAAAAAGAAGAUAAGAAAGUUAGCGUUAGUCAUAUUUUGACUAAUGUUAUAGUGUUGCAGGAGUUUCUAUUGGAGUUGGCGGCGUUGGUGCAAGUUAGAGCGGGUUUGUUUGGGGAAGUUAAGUUUGUUUAGAGGUUUUAGAAGCUGGGUUUUGUUGGGUAGAUGGAUGGGGGUAGGCGAUUGAGAUGUGAUGUUGGGUGAGAAAAAGAGAAGAAGGAAGAAGGAAGAUAGAGAGAGGUUGGGGUUGGGGGGAGAGGGAGAGGGAGAGAUAGAAGAAAGUAGAAA